GAUGAUUGGCCGUAGAUUGUUGGAAGUUAGUACUUUAUUAUAAAGGUGCUCCUCCGUACUCUGUACCUCGACAGAGAUCUUGAACGCAGCCUCCAACCAACUGCUUUGCCAUUGCACCAAUUGGGAAUUACAAGACUAUUCUACUCGUAUCAUAUUAUUAUUCUCAUCAAAUGACACGUUGUGCUUAGCCGGACAGCGGCCAAGUGCUGGAUCCCGCGCGUCGAAAGUGGGAUACUGAAGUUCCCUGAUUUCCAUCUGCCGCCUUCCCAUUGGCUGAUGGAGACAGUUCGGCUGUUCACGGCCUGGCGGCGAUAUUCCAUGAAUGUUUGGUUAAAACCCCGGCCCGGCGAAAUCAACCCGCAAUUUCCACUAUUUUUGUCCAUUUAUAAUUUAUACCUAGAGGUGGUCUGUUGAACUCCUGUUGCUUGAAGACAACGCACAAUGCCUUCACAGACCACCUGGUUACCUCUCUUGAGGCGGGAACUUGUUCCUAUCCCCCCCCGCUGGAGAGCUGGUGUGCUGAAAACUCUCGCGUGUGCUUAUUCCACCCGCACACCCACAGCACUCGUCGCAUCAAGCCGGCGGCGAAUAGUCCAUCAACGGCAAUUCCCAGCGCAAAAUGUCGGUUUAAGCCAGAAACGGAACUUUUCAAGCACAGUCCAGCGGCGAUUUGCGGACGAGUCAGAGAGCUUUGAUCCUUCCCAGAUUGAACGGGAAUCGGACAGUGUUGAUGUCUGCAUUGUUGGAGGCGGCCCUGCGGGCCUCGCCGCAGCUAUCCAGUUGAAGAAAAUUGCAAAUGAAGCGGGCAGUGAAAAUUUCCGGGUGAUACUUUUGGAAAAAUCGGGCGAGAUUGGGGAUCAUAUACUAUCAGGCAAUGUUUUAGAACCCAGUGCGAUGAACGAACUAUUUCCCGAUUGGCUAUCGGAGGACAACCCAUCGAGAUUCGAACAUGCCACACCUGCUAAAUCCGAUAGCAUGCGCUUCCUUACGAGCAAAUAUGCUAUCCCAAUCCCAUGUCCGCCUCAGAUGAAUAACCAUGGCAAUUAUAUUAUCAGUUUAAGCCAGUUAUGCAAGUGGCUGGGAGAACGCGCAGAAGAGAUUGGAGUUGAGUUAUACCCCGGGUUCGCCGCAAGCGAGGUGCUAUACGAGAAGGAUGGAUCUGUCAAGGGUGUUGCUACCAAUGAUCUCGGCAUUGGGCGUAAUGGGAAGCCUAAGGAUUCCUUCGAACGAGGAAUGGAGUUCCAUGCCAGAGUCACGCUGCUUGGUGAAGGAUGCCAUGGAAGCUUAACAAAGCAGGUCAUAAAGAAAUUUGACCUGAGACGAGAUAGCCAGCCUCAAACCUAUGGACUGGGCGUCAAGGAAGUUUGGGAGAUUCAGCCGGAAAAGUUCAAGAAAGGAGAAAUCCUCCAUACAAUGGGCUAUCCAUUGCCGAAAGAUGCAUAUGGAGGAUCGUUCCUGUAUCAUUUUGGUGAUAACAUGGUUACUCUCGGGUUGGUUGUUGGCCUCGAUUACCCCAACCCGUGGUUAUCGCCGUAUGGGGAAUUUCAGAAAUUCAAACACCACCCCCUUAUCAAGCCGACUCUGGAGGGCGGAAAAUGCAUAUCCUACGGAGCUCGUGCGCUUGUUGAAGGAGGUUUCCAGUCCAUACCGAAAUGCGCUUUCCCGGGUGGGGCGUUGAUUGGAGAUAGUGCAGGGUUUGUGAAUGUUCCUAAAGUCAAGGGCACACACACUGCUAUGCGGUCUGGUAUGCUAGCUGCCGAGGCAGCAUAUUCUGCCCUUUCUAACCCAAACAAUGGAAGCGUAUUCCUAUACGACUAUGAAGACGGACUCCGAAAAUCCUCCAUCUGGAAAGAACUCAAGGAGGUACGGAACAUGCGCCCUUCAUUCGGAACUCCCUUGGGUAUUUACGGCGGCAUUAUGUACUCCGGCCUAGAAGCAUAUAUUUUCCGUGGCAAGACACCCUGGACCCUGAAGCACCAUACUACAGAUCACGAUGCCACCAGGACUGCCUCCGAGUGCGAGAAGAUCGAGUAUCCCAAACCUGAUGGGGUUAUCAGUUUCGACAUCCUAACAAGCGUUAGCCGCACAGGCACAAACCACGAGGAAGACCAACCGGUACAUCUUCAAGUUAAGGACUGGGACAAGCACACGGAGGAAUGUUAUCCCAAAUAUCAAGGGGUCGAGAAUAGGUUUUGCCCCGCCGGAGUCUAUGAGUACGUUGAGGAUCCAAGUAAAAAGUUGGGUGUGCGCUUCCAAAUAAAUGCGCAAAACUGUAUCCAUUGCAAAACCUGCGAUAUCAAGGUCCCGACUCAGGACAUCAACUGGCAGACCCCUCAAGGUGGGGAGGGCCCUAAAUAUUAUCUAACCUAGGAAACCACAUUUCUUUUCCGGUUCAUAUGGUUACUUUUUCUUGUCCAUUUCUGAUUCAAAACUGUAUGCAAUGGUCAUCACAUUCUCGAUAGAGGACUUGCUUGUUGGUUAUGUGUAAAUUAUUAUUCCCAUUCCGCGUUUCAUGUCUCCUUAGCCAACCAUUACCCAAAAUGUAUUACUGUGUAGUUUGUACAUACAUACUGUUAUAUUAUGGAGAUGAAUUUAGCCUUGCAUCCGAACUCAUCAACGGCAGGAGAAAGAAGGUCGAGACAAAAUGUCAACCGCGUUGUUAUUUUCUACAAAGAUCCGUUUAGACUGAAUCAGAACAAGACAGUCUCUUUCAACGGAAAUAUUUUUUUUUCCUUUUUCAAAUCUCGGCAUCUCCCCGCAAGGUCGUAAAACCCCAC